AUGCCCAAAGAGACCUUCAGUUUCCUUUGUGACCAGCUGCACCCAUACAUCAACCCCCAAAUUACCAACAUGUUGGAUCCAGUACCACUAGAGAAGAGGGUAGCAGUUACCAUCUACAAGCUUGCCAGUAAUGUUGAGUUCCACGAUGUUGCUAAUCUGUUUGGUAUUGGAACCAGCACCGCCUGUAACAUCUUCUGGGAGGUGUGUGAGGCACUGAGCAAACUCAGGAGGGUUUUUGUGAAGAGGCCAAAAACUGUCCCUGAAGUCCAAGCCAUCAUCACAGGAUUUGAAAGAAAGACAGGAUUCCCCAUGUGUGCUGGUGCUUUGGAUGGCACGCACAUCCCAAUCAUUGCCCCAGUGAGCUAUCCCACUGACUACUAUAACAGAAAAGGAUGGUACAGUGUUCUUCUUCAAGGACUUGUAGACCACACUUACUGCUUUCUUGAUUUCGAUGUUGGCUGGCCUUGGAAGUGCCAUGAUGCAUAUGUUUUUGAGUGUUCUCAUCUGUGCCACAAGCUGGAGGAUGGUACCUUUUUCCCUCCAUUCAGCAGAAACAUCCAAGGGGUCAACAUACCUGUCCUGAUAGUGGCCGAUUCUGCCUACAGCUUGACUAGCAACAUAAUGAAGCCAUUCCCAGAAGGAACAGUGAGGGGACCCAGGGCAGCCUACAACGCCUCCUUGAGCCAUGCUCGUAUCCAAGUUGAACACACAUUUGGUUGCCUCAAAGGCUGCUGGCGAUUGUUGCACAACUUCUGUGAAAUGCAGAAAGUUGCUUACCAGGAACCACAGGAAGAUGUGUUGGAUCAGCCAGAGACAGGACCAGAGCAGCAUGAUGUACCUGCUCUCUCCCCAGCAGAGCGCAUCCGGGAGGCCUUGGUAGCUCAUAUUCACACAAAUCAGUAA